AUGGAGGAGGAACUCAAUAAAUUACUGAAGGAUGUUGGAGCUACUGUACGUACAAACUCAGCUCCAUCAGGAACUUUGCGUAACGAGGAUUUUCGGCAGCUUCUCAAUCGCAAGCCUGCUCCUUCGACUAGCAACUCAAACUCUCAACCACAAACCUCACAUUCGUUCAGCCACCGUCAGGCAGCUGAGACAAAGAAAGGGCCUGGCGGAAGCCAUAAAAACAAAAAGCAGAAAGAAAAAGCAGUCGUGGAUGACGAUGAUGACGACCUUGGUAAGUCAAAUCUGAAUGAAAUUUUGAAAAACUACCGUGACCGUGCUGAAGAAAGACGAAAGGGUAUUGGAAACGAUGAAAGUAUUGACGCGAUACAAGCAGGUAACGCUUACCGUGCUGUUCCUGGGGAUGUUCGAGCUACAGCUGAUGCAGCGCAGAGGCGAAAACAGGCGAUUCAGGAAAGUAAAUAUCUCGGUGGUGAUAUGGAACAUACCCAUUUAGUUAAAGGGUUAGAUUAUUCUUUACUUCACAAAGUACGUUCGGAAAUUGCUGCUCGCGAACAAAAGGGAGACAAUGAACUUGAGGCACAACUGAAUAAAGAUUCCGGCUUUGAAGAAUCCACGUCAGAGAAUAGGGUGGUGAGAAAUAUUCAUCGGGUUUUAUUUCAAAACGAGUUGCCUUUGAGGAAUGAACUGUUUCGAAAAGGAAGGAUGACUUACGUUGUUGAACUUGAGGAAGAAGAAAACGAAGUGCCAACAACCCGUCUGCGUUCUCUUCAUGACUGCCCUCCUUCAGAGAGCACUCACGAUAUAAGUACCAGUAACAUGCUUAUUCAGAAGUUAACUCAAGUUUUGUCGUAUUUACGUGCAGACACUCAGAAGAAAAAGAAAAAAGUGGAAAUGAGCACAGAAGAUCGAGUUAAGCAUGCGUCCCAACCUAUUUUUGAUGACGAUCGUGACUUUAAACGUUCCUCAGAUAGGGAUCGUUAUAAUGAUAAGGACCGCCGGAGAUCUAAGCCAUCAUCGUACUUCGACGAUAAUCGUGACAACGAGAAAGAGCGAAAUAGAGAUCGAGGCAGGGAGCGAGACAGGUAUCAUGAUUAUGAACGUGGGAGAGGGGAUAAAGAUCGUGAACGAAGAGACAGAGACGAUGACAGACGAGUUGAAAGGGAUAAGAGACGUGAUGAAGCAAUGAGGUCGCUUGAGAACGCAGCACCUGCAGUCCCCAAGAAGAAGAUGAUGACAGAAACAGAAGGUUACGCCGAAUGUUAUCCAGGAGGACCAGAAAUGUAUGAGGCUGCAGGAGAGAGUGAUGAUGACGCGGAUUAUUCAAAAAUGGACAUGGGCAAUCGAAGAGGCCCUAUUAAACGGUGGGAUUUCGAAGAUCAUGAAGAUUAUGAAAAGUAUAUGGAGUCUAAAGAAGCCAUGCCAAAGGCUGCUUACCAGUUUGGAGUGAAAACAAAUGAUGGGAGGAAAACGAGGAAAAGUGGACCGGACAAGGAGAAGCAUAAGUUAGAUAGAGAGUUCUCACAAAUCACCAAGAUAAUAGAAAAACGGAAGCAAGAUGGAGGACACAGAACAGAGGUAGCGAAGCGUAUUCGGUAUUAG